AUGGGAACGUUCACCGUGAGAAAUCUGCGAGCUGACAUACAGAACGUCUCCAUGAGGCAAAGUCGAGCUCUCGGACCCAGUCUCGCGCGCUUUAUUGUUUGCUACAUUUGCGCUUGCGCGGUAGUCUAUUUCUAUUUCCGGUAUUACUUAACAGACGAGAGAGAUUAUGGUGUACCUAUUCCCGCAACUAUCAUUCACGAAAAUGCAUUUCGACCGCUAAAGACAUUAUCGCCUGAAAAAAUUUCAUCCUCGCCAAAUGAAUUAUUUGAGAAAUUGCAGAACAAAUUGAGGGGUCGAAAAUUAAGACCAGGUGUUUUCGGAAUGGUGAAUAGUUACAAUUGGCGAGAGUCAAAGGACAAGAAUAUUGAAAAAUCCAAGGUUUUAUCAAUUGCUUCAAAAGGUGGAGGAAGUGCCACAAGCCAAUUUGAUAACUACAGCAGCCAUUCAACAAACUAUACCGACUAUUUCAAUACCAGGAAAAAUGAUUUGCCGUUUGAAAGGGAUUCAGGACGUAACGUGGAAAAUAUUUCAACUCCGGUUCCAAUUUCUGAAAAGGAGAACUUUGAUCUGGACUUUAUAGAGGUAAUUCAGAGCGACACUAAAGAUUCGUUCGUUUCUCGUCAAUUUCAAGAUUUCCGACACCAGUGGUUACGUCAGCGUCGCGCACGCGUAGACUGGCAGAGUAUGAUUCAACCGUGCGUUGACAAUAUGGCCUGGGGACAAGUAAAGAGUCACUGGGGCAAACAAAACAGAACUAACGCAGUUACCAGUGAUGUGAUAUUCUGGGACAUAAAGCCUGUGGGGGAGUUUAGCAAAAUUUUCAUUCAAUCAAAGACCUCAGAAAAUAGAACGAAAAUGAUUGGUGGAGAUACUUGGAGGGUCUACCUACGUGGCCCAGCAAGCGUUGCGGCGACUGUUUUUGAUCACAAUAAUGGAACUUAUGAAGCUCUGUUUCUUAUCAUGGAACCAGGUAUCUAUCAGUUGACAAUUUACCUGGAUUACAGUCUAUGCGAUGGAUUCAGGGACCCACCGCGUGACUGGUUCAUAAAAGGGAAUGCUCAGGGAAAGUAUCAGAAAGAUGGGCUUCUGGGCCCUCUGGACGACUACUUGGUACAGCCCCUUCAGAAUGGGAAUCCUAUCAUUAUAAAUGUACCAGAAUCACGGCUCAACAUGUCUCUGAUAGGUAAGUAAGUAACUUGGUUACAUAACAGGUUAAUUUUGCUGGAUUGAAACGGUAGGGGAGGGAAGGGAUGGUAUGUAUUGUCACCAGUCGUUCAGAUAAUGCUUAUUUGAACAUGGCAUUUUACAUCCCUCUGAAAAGUCAGCUACAAAGAGGAAAUCUCCAGAAAAGCCGCUAUGAAUGAAUGGGGACUAUUUUGAGUGAUUUAUGAACUCUAACCUUAGAUCUCCUUUCGAGAUAUUUUAGCAACGUUUUUCUUUGCAUUCAAGUGAAACGCAAAGCACGUGACAUAUGCACUGCAAACUAGCUUCAAAGGAAUGUCAGAAAAUUAACAAUAGUCAUAGUUAUCAAAAUUAUCGAGCCACUAAUUAACUUACGUGUUUGAUACCGUUUUCUCCCCAAUUCACCAAGAAAAAGAGAUAAAGAAGUCAAAUUUUAAUAAAUUGUUGUAACGGUGACCUCUUUUUCUUUUCCUCUUUCAAGAACACCUCAGGAAGGAUCUGGACUCCUGCAAGUACACCUGCAGUCACUUAUGGGAUGGAUUUGGUCGAUGGAAAAAUGAUGAGUGGAGGCCGUUUCUUGAUGGUGAGAAAAUGACAAAAGUGAGAUGAUAUCAAUAUACAGAGAGUAAAUACUAAAUGUGUGUCGAAAAUUAUUUGAUUUUGCUUUACUAAGCUCGGUCAUAACUUGAAAAAAAAAUUAAGUCAUUCACCCCCAUGGCUCGGUGACCGCUUAAUACAGGUUCACCAGUUAAAACAAGUUCCGCAGAUGAGGGGUAUUAUAAAAAAAAACGAUAAAAAACGCCACCUAAUGCCAUAAUUGACAACUUCAUGUACAGAAUGUCCCUCCUGAGUUUUCCUCGGGCUUCGCUCUUGGAAAACUCUUCGCAUUUUAGAACAGAUAAUGUCCGCGAACAAAUAUCCGUGCAUACUUUCGCGCCAUGUAGAACCUAUCUUUUUAUGUAUCGGACACUAGUGCCCAAAAUCAGUCAACUUAAGACAUAAAUCAAACGCAAGUGUCAAAUCCUACACUAUUAUUUAAAAUCGGACACUAGUAUCUAAAACCGGGCAUUAGGUAAUCGUAGUAGUAGGACUGAGUGGAGUCCACCUCGGUUUAAAAUCAUAUGAGUGAUUGAAAAAAUCGGGUGACUGCGAAGAGGAAGUCCGAUUUGUUUAUUACGAGUAUAAUUACAAACAAAAUUGGACGACACGAAGUCCUGUUACCAAUCAAUUACAUCAUGACUCAAGUUGAGAAACAAACUAGCCAUCUGCCAUACUUUUUCAGAAAAAACAACAUUUACCUCGGCUAAAUGCGCGACAACAGCGUUACAAGCAUGAGGCGUUCACUGUCCUAUUAAAGCUCUGUUUGGGAUGGUGAUAAUCAACCACGUUCGAGAACUUUCUUGUAGUUUUGAUGAUUUCCAACCUCGGACACGAGUGUCUCAAAUCGGACACUAGUGUCUAAAAUCAGACACUACCUUCGACUCAGAUAUUAGUUUCUUAAAUCACACAUUGGUUUUUUAAGUUUGUUGAGACCAGAAUAAAAAUUAUAUUUCUAGCACUCUGACAGUCUUCUUCCCCUUCAGGUAAGCGCUGAUUUCCACAGAAUUAUUGGGAAUGGAUAAAGAAUACAUUUUUCGUUCCGUGUUAGCUGUUUAGGGGUUCGAUGAUUUCAAUGGAAUGCGUGUGUUUUUAUUAUUAUUGUUUCUCGCUUAAAAAUAGAUUCCUAUGACUGGUCGAUGCCACAACAGCACCAGCCGGCUGGUUUCCUUUGGGUGUACGGGGAUUCUCUUGCUGUCCGCUUGGGGAACUCUGUUCAGUCGCGUGGCCUUUGUACCCGUCUUUACUGGAGAUGUUCGCAGAGUUACAACUGGAUAUACCCUGUGAUGAGCGAAGCUUUAAGUAAAGAACAGAACGAUGAUUUAGACUUCUCAUCUGAAAAGGUUAUAGGAACCAUUGUAGAUGUUUUGCGGCGGCGCGAGAUGCAACGAAGGGACAGUGUUCUACUUAUAAACCUCGGAAUUCAUUUUCCGAUUAGUAUCAAUUUUACAACAUUCCAGAGGCUUGUUGGAGACCUUAUAAAUGUCUUGAAGGAAACGAAAAUCGACUCACAGGGAAAUAGGGUUCCAAAGUAUCCUGCAAAGGUUAUUUGGAAAUCAUCGACAGCUAUUCACAAAGAAAAAGUGGAAAUAAAAAAUAAGACUAACUGGAGAUUCUUUACUACUCAAGUAAGUACAUAGUGGUAGUAAAAAAAAUUAAUUCUGACUCACUGUUUAAGGCUUCAUUUAGCAACAUGAUGGACACAAAUCUUAUCCCAUAUAGAAAAAUUAUCAAGUCAGUGCCGAGAUUAUUGGCAAAAGAUUAAUCCUCCCGCCUGGCAAUUGAUCACAAGCGAUGUGAACCUCAUCAAUUUUUUUUUAAUCAACCAUGCAGGACGAUCAAUCAUUUUUUUUUUCCAGCGAGUUCUUCUGUUCAGCACCUACGCCAUGUCGGCCAUGUGUCAAGCGGGUUUUGACGUCAUAGAUGUCUAUCCAAUGACCGAUUCGUAUCCAAGGGGUACGCUGGAUGAGGUUCAUUAUCCCGACAGAGUUUUCCAUCUAAUGGAGACAAUGCUGGAGAAAUACAAGACAAAUGACAAUAUGCGAGUGAACAUCGGGGAGGGUGGUAUUAGAAGAUGUAUUGGUUAGAACAAAACUAUUCUUGUACUGUUUCUUACGAAAGAUAAUGAUCGAGAUUCCACCGCUUUGCUUUUGGGAGACUGGUACGUGACUAUGUAUCGUGCUAUCUUCCAGGCCUUCUCGGUCAACCAUCAAGGUGCCUUUUUGUUUUGGAACAAAGAGACAACUGUUUUGCUAUGGAAAGUGGGGUCUUCACAUCACUGCUAACUGAUUCAGUCGUAAAAGCGACGAAAGGUCCACAAAAUGAAAUCAAUAAGGUUACGAAGAGAUGUUGUCAUGUGAAAUCUGGAAUGAGCAGCAACUAGCGCUAAUGAAAACUAAGAACUGUCGGCCAUCAAGCGAUUAAACAUAACUACCAAACCGAU